AAUUAUACAUUUAUCUGGAAUUAUUAUCUAAUCACUUGUAUUUUUUGAUCAUAUGUCAAUAUAUUCCAUUCACUCAUUUGCAGUAGCAUUUCCAUACAUUUGAGACUAACUUCAAUUUUUAUCAUAAAAAUAUUGUAAUAAAACAGAAACUGAUAAUCGUUUCCUUGGAAUUAUGUGGCCAUAGGAAAUAUUCUUGUGAUAAAAUUGUGUCAGGCCUCGUGUUUUUUCCGUUAAGAAAGACUCACACUCACACAAUCGCAAAUCUUUUCAUAUUUUGUUGUCAUAUCCGCUCGUUGAUUCAUUCAUGGUAUCUACAACGAAUUGGAGUCAUGGCCUCCAGGGAGCACGUGUUGAUAAUAAAAUUACAUCGGAUGAGAGUGAUUCUCUAACGGAAGCUAUUUCUGUUCUUGAAAAUAAAGUAGAAGCCCUGAAUAUCGAACAAAGCUUCGGAAAUGAUGCGUUGAGCAGCCUUGAGGAACUCAGUCUAGAAUUCGAUGAGCUCACGAGGAAAUUCCAUACACUGAAGGAAGUACAGAAACCCGUUGGAAAAAAUCAUCAUGAGAAGAGGAAAAUAAAAUUGUUGCAUAAAUUCAGUCAAACAGACGACUAUUCGAUUCUCGAGAUAGCAGAGGCAAAAUCCAGUAUUGCACACUGCAUCUUGCAACUUCUUUCAAUCAAUCAUCUGCUUGAUGGAAAUGAGAGUCAAUCUGUUGUUAUAAAAAAAUUAUUGACUCACCAAUGUUUUGAGAAUUCGGAAGAUAAUUUCAUUAUUCAGAGUUUAUCAGUGGGUCCAGUGUAUUUUGAAGUCAAAUCACAGGGUAUUUAUGAUGAACAAGAAAUCCAAACGGAUUCAUCAACUAAAACCAAUGCGAUAGAACAAGGUCGGAGCAAUUCCAAGAAGAAGUUGUGCAAUUGGCUUUGUUGCUCCAGGAAAUCGAAAAAAAGGAGAAAGAAGAAAACAACUAAGAAAUGAGAAGAACAUUCUAAGACAGUACUAAAUAAAUCGAUUAUCUUUGUAAUGGGCCCUCUUCCGAAGGUUUGUGCGAAAUAAAAAUUAAAACUAAUAAUACAA